AUGAGUAGAAUGAUGAGUCCGGCGAUGGGCGACGGCGACGUCAACGACAUCCACCAGAAGAUGAGCCGCAAGAUCGCCCAGCUGACCAAAGUCGUCUACAAUUUAAACACCAAGUGCGAAGACCAAGACGCCAAAAUCCGAUACCUCAUCGAGAAACACCACGCAGAAGUCAAACACCUCAAACAGUUAAAAAACGGCCCUUCUUCGGCCGAAGUCGAAAAAACCAUCCACGACCGAGUUAACGCGGCGGAGAGAGCUUGGCUUCACGAGAAAUCGCAGCUCCAGAACACGGUGAAAACGCUCAAAGUGGCGCAGUCGGAACUCGAGGCGCAGAAUGAACAGUUGAUGCUCCAGAAAAGCUCGUUCGAGGAACGACUCAGCAUCGAAAAGGACGAAUGGCAAAAGGACAAAUCGAAACUGACUUUUGAGCUCUCGAGACGGCCCAAAGGCCCGGAUCAAUCAAGUUUGAAGCGAAUCCAAGAGCUAGAAGCGCAAUUAAAAGACGAAAAAGACCGACUGAACUCGGCGAUUUCGAGUCUGCGGCUAGAACGAAACGAUUUACAAAGCGAUUACGCCGCAAAGUUGUCAAAGCAAGAAAGCGAAAACGCUUCUGCGAUCGAAAAUCUGAAGGCGCUUCACACUCGCGAACUUCUAGCAGCGCGCUCGGCCGAAGAAAAGGAACUCAGCAAAGCCGAAUCGGCGCAGAAGAACGCUGCCAAGUUGGAGAAACAAGUUGAAAUGCAGGAAAAGGAAAUUCUGAGACUGUCCAGAGAAUUAAAGUGCAUGAAGAUUGCCAAGGGCGAAGGCCAAAAGCAGCGCUCAGACCUUCAAACUCUGCUGGACGAGAUGAGCGCGGAAAGAGAGCGAAUUCUGGGCGAAAAAGAAACGCUCGCGCUUCAGAAAAGCAGCGUCGACGCUCAACUCGAGAAGCUAAAUUCGGAACUAGCUGCCUCGAAAGAAGAGAUCGCUUCGAAGCAGCAGCGACUCGAGGAGAAUAUCGCCAGACUGGCAGAAGUGGAGAGCGACUGUGUCAGAUUGCGUGCUGAAACCAACCAAGCCAAAAUCGCGCUUGAAAAAGCAGAGUUGAAAGCCGACAGCGCUGAAAGCUCCAAAAAGGACUUCAGCGACGUGGCAGCAAAGAAAAUUCAAGACUUAACCCGGCAGUUGGAAAAGGCACGAGCAGAACAUCAGAGCAGCGCCGAGCAGCUUAACCAGCUUCUGGCCUCGAAGGACAAUGCGCUCGCCGCAGAGAAGAGCCGCAGAAAACAAGAGCAACAAGACUUUGAUCGACGAGCGGAAGAAACAAAAAAGCACUAUGAACGGAUCUUGGCCGCAGAGAAGGACAAUCUCCAGCAGCAGUUCGACAUCGAGCGCGAGAACAUCCAGCAAAUGAGCGAGAAGUUCUCGGAAGGGCAGAAGGAAAACUUCCAGAGCAACAUUAAGCAGUUAGAGCAGAUGAUCGACUCGCUCCGAAAAGAGCAUCUCAGCGAAAAAAGUGAAAUGGCUUCCCAAAUCGCGCAGCUGGAGGAAUUGAUGAAAGAGCGAACCUCGGAAGGGGAAACUCUCUCCGGCGAAAUAAGCUACUUGCGUGGUCGGGAAAAGGACCUGAGCGAGAUGAAGGAUGAGCAGACGAAGAAGAUCGCCACUUUGGCGGAGGCGCUGAUCAAGUCUCAAAAGGCCCAGGCGGACGUCAAGGAAGAUUUGGAGAAAGAGCUCAAUCUCCGGGCAGCGCGGGAGGAGAGUCUACGUCAAUCCGUGGAAAGCGCAGAGCGACGCAAAUGGGAGAGCGAACUUCAGAGCCAAUUAGCCAGCGUCCGCGAGGAGCUCUCCAAAAGACUCAAAAUGGAACGAGCCGAUUUGGUGGAGCAAUUCGAGGCAGAAAAGACAAAAGAAGUCGAAAUCGUGCAAAAGAGCUGGCGAAGCGCGGCGGAAAAGCUGACGGCGAAGAUCGCCGCUUUGGAAGAAGAAAAGGAGGCGCAGUCGUCGUCGCAUAAUUCGGAAUUGGAGAGGUUGCGCGAAACGGCAGAGCUGAAAAUGAAAGAAAUGGAACAGUCGAUGGAGCUACUCAAAAGCGAGUUCAAAGCCAGCAGGCAGAAAAUGGCGGGCGAUCAUCAAUCUGAAAUGGAGCUGCUGGAAGAGCGGCUGAUGGAUGAGCGCAAAGCGGAACUUGCCAGGAUCGAGCAGAAAAGCAGGGAAGAGAGCAUCGAGCAUUUGGAGUCACAGCGCAUCGCCAUUGACGCUCUCAAAGCGCGCUUGGAAGUCAACUACCAGAAGCAAGUGGAAAUGCUGAAGAGCGAACACGCCGUGGCCCUAGAAGAGCUAAAAGAGUCGCUGAUCGAAGCGCACAGAUCCGAGCUGGACGACGAACAAAAACGGCACGAAGAAGAAUGCGUCGAUUUCGAAACCAGGAUGCUCAAGGAGCAACAGAUCCGUGAGCGCGUUGAAGAAGAAUCAGCUGCUUUGAAAGAAGAUUUGGAAGCGAAAAUUCAAGGCCAAGAAGCUUCCUUGCAAAAUGCUUACGAUCAGUUGAAAUCGUCCAUCGCCGAAAAUCGAAGACUUAUUUUGGAAGUCGACAGAGUGAAAAAGCUAAAAGAAGAAGCAGAAGGCUCGUUCGACCAACAAAUCGAGAGCUUAAAGAAAGACUUCGAAGUGGAGAGAGACAACUGCGUCAACGAAAGCAUCGCAGAUGGACUCCGACGACGCCAGCUUUUGAUCAAUGAUUUCAACAAAACGAAAGAGUCCUUGAUGGAAAAGAUCUCGCAAUUCUCGAAAGACAAGGCCGAAUUGGAAGAAAAGCUUGAAAAUCGCGAGUCGCUCGAAGAAGAUCUCCAAAGAAUAAGAAAUCUAGAGCUUGUCCUCGCCGAGAAAGAAGAAGCAAUCGACAAGUUGCAGCAGAACUUGAAAUAUUUCCAGCUCGAGUUGGUCAACCGCGAGCAAAACUACAACGCGCUCUUCUCGUCGAACCCGACCGUCGGGGUUCUGGACCCUUUUCGGGAACCACUUCUACUCGUUCUGCCCAUUCCGGGCUCAAGCACGGGAACCAGCGGCAGCCUCGUUUCAGCGACAGUUUCGUCAAAAUGGAGCCGGAGAUGUUUACGUCCGCGCUGCCCUACAACCGACUGGAGCCAAUUCAAACGCAGCGGCAAAAGCCCGUCAAGCACAAAAGCUAAAAGCAUCUAUCUUUGA